GUCGUUUACAAGCGAUUUGUCUAGCUUUACGGGCUUCCUCUCCUGGAGCGUUGGACAUUGACCGCUCCACGGAAAAAGGUCUUCUAUACCGAGCAAAAAGCCGUGAGGAGACUAGAACCCACCGUCACACUUUUGUGUGAACCCCGCUUGGAACGGGUUGUCAGCGGAGCAUUCGAGCUCCCAGCCCUACGUCCCCACAGCUCCCAGAGGCGGCUCCGCGGGCCUUAUGCGCAUUCCACACCGUGGACACUCAGGUCCCAGACACUUCCGUGCAGGGCUGGCCUCGGGUCGGCUAAGCCCGCUCUACCUGCUUUUGUCACCGCCUCCCGCCGUCCCGCUCUGCCCACGGGCCCCAUGGCGGCGCCGGCGCUGGCAUUGAUAUCAUUUGAAGAUGUGGCCAUAACCUUCACUGGGGAGGAAUGGAGACAUCUAGACCUGGCCCAGAGGACCUUGUACCAGGAGGUGAUGUUGGAGACUUGUGGCCUCCUGGUCUCACUGGGGCAUCCUGUUCCUGAGGCAGAGCUGAUUCAGCUACUGGAGUAUGGGCCAGAACUGUGGAGAGUAAAGAGAGGCCUCUCUGGAAACACCUGUAUAGGUGAAAAAUCAAACCCCAAGACCACAGAGCUUACUGCUUCUCAGCUGGCCCUCACUGAGGAAGCCCCUUUUGAGGAACAGGUGACACAUGGCACCUCAAGGGAUUCCUGGCUGGGGCAAGGAAGGUAUCAGGAAAAACUGUCAGAAGUGCAAGAAGGGAACUGGAGGCCAGGAGCAGACCCCCACAAGGAGACAUGCCUGAGGAAGUGGAGCCAUAAACAUGACUUUGAGACAGAUGAUAGUCUUUGUUUAGGGAUUUUACAGGAGCAAGUCACUACACAAGAUGCUCUGCAUGAAUGUGAUUCCCAAGAACCAGGAAAAGACCUGGUUGUUGAUGCAAGGAAUAACCUCUAUAAGUGCAAGGAAUGUGGCAAAGAUUUUAGCAAGAAUUGGGCCCUUAUUCGGCAUCAACAGAUUCAUGCUGGAGUGAAGCCUUAUGAAUGCAGUGAAUGUGGGAAAGCCUCUCGUUAUAUGGCAGACUUCAUUCGACAUAUGAGGUUUCACACUGGGGAAAAGCCAUACAAGUGUAUUGAGUGUGGGAAGGCCUUCAAACGCAGGUCUCACCUCACAGAGCACCAGCGUAUUCACAGUGGAGAUAAACCCUAUGAGUGCAAAGAAUGUGGUAAAGCUUUCACCCAUCGCUCCUCUUUCAUCCAGCAUAAUGUGACUCACACUAGAGAAAAGCCCUUUUUGUGCAAGGAAUGUGGGAAAGCCUUUUACUACAGCUCCUCCUUUGCUCAACACAUGAGGAUUCACACUGGAAAGAAACUCUAUGAGUGCAGCAAAUGUGGAAAGGCCUUCACUCACCGGUCCACUUUUAUCCAGCAUAAUAUGACCCACACCAGAGAAAAACCCUUUUUGUGCAAAGAAUGUGGAAAAGCUUUCUGCCUCAACUCAUCCUUCACUCAACAUAUGAGAAUUCACACUGGAGAGAAACCCUAUGACUGCAGUGAGUGUGGAAAAGCCUUUACUCAUAGAUCUACUUUCAUCCGGCAUAAGAGGGCACAUACUGGAGAGAAGCCCUUUGAGUGCAAAGAAUGUGGGAAAGCAUUUUGUGACAGCUCUUCCUUAAUUCAACACAUGAGGAUUCACACUGGUGAGAGACCCUAUGAAUGCAGUGAAUGUGGAAAGGCCUUUACACACCAUUCUGUUUUUAUCAGACACAAUAGGACUCAUAGUGGGAAAAAACCUUUGGAGUGUAAAGAAUGUGCAAAAGCCUUUUACUAUAGCUCUUCCUUUACUCGACACAUGAGGAUUCACACUGGGGAAAAGCCUUAUGUAUGCAGAGAAUGUGGAAAGGCCUUUACCCAACCUGCAAAUUUUGUUCGGCAUAAUAGGAUCCACACUGGAGAAAAGCCCUAUGAGUGCAAAGAGUGCGAGAAGGCCUUUUGUGACAAUUUUGCCUUAACUCAACAUGUGAGAACUCACACUGGAGAGAAACCCUUUGAAUGUGGUGAAUGUGGGAAGGCCUUCAGCCACAGUUCAUCCUUCACUCACCAUCAAAAGAUGCACACCAGAGUUUAGAAGAUGGAGGAAGGCCUUGUGCAAGUUUGCUCACUUUAGGCAAUUUAGGUGAACUCAUACAGGUAAAGUACCUUUCCUUUUGAAUAUAACUAUUCAGGGAAGUCUUUUGGCCAGAGAAAUAUCUUACUCAGUGUCAGAAGAGAAACACUAUCAUCUCUGUGAAAGCUUUCUGUGGCAGGUCAUCUGAAGGGUCAUACUAGAAAUUGACACUGGCUACAGCUUUAUACUACAUCUGAGAAUCCAUAAGGGAGACUCAGUGGUUGUCAUGCAUUUGGGGAAAAUGUCAGCAACAGUUCUUCCUAUGUUUAUUACAAAUCCAUCUCAAGAGCAUUUAGAGAGAUGUAGAAGAGAAAGGAAAGAGAAAUACACUUGUGUCUUUUUCCCAAUCUCCCUGCCAAGCUUAUGACAAUUUGUCAUUUGUGUGCGGACAGGGGAGGGGCUGAAAGGGGAGAGAUCUAAGGCCUCAUCCCCUUUAUGUAUUUUUUUAUAUCCAUAGUCAGGAGAGUUGGACCAUUGGGAUGUUAGCUCUGCUAACAUUUAUUGAAAGUUAUUUGUUACAAAACAUUGACAUAUAACAUGUCAUUAUCAUGUCUACCAUUGAACAUAAGGCCUGAGUCUUGAAAUACAUAUGCAUACAUCAUAUGCAAUCAGUUCUUGUUAAUCAUGGUGGUUAUAGUCUAUAGUUCAGUUCAGUUCAGUUCAGUCGCUCAGUCGUGUCCGACUCUCUGCGACCCCAUGAAUCACAGCA